AACAGUUCGGUGAGUGUGGGUGUGGGGACAAAAAGUGACGCGGAAAUAGUCCGACUGUUAAAUAACUAGUUAGGUCUGGAGUUAACCAUGGCGUUCUCAUCUAAUCGGGUUUCCAAAGGUUUAAUUCUUCUUUUAAUCGGCGUUUUCUGCUUAAUAAAUGUUUCGAUUUCAUCCCCGGUCUUUAAUGGCACACAUCUACGUGUGAAAAGGCAAGGUUGUCAAGAUGGGACCUACAAGCAUGAAGGCAGAGACUGUUGUCUCUGUGCAGCAGGUCAGCGGUUAAAGAAUCACUGCACUACAUCUCCAGAUGACAGAGACUGUGAAUUGUGUGAACGUGGUAUUUCCUAUAACAGUGAGCCCAACUCUAAGGAGUCUUGUGAACCCUGCACAUCCUGUUCUCAUGAAAACGCUAACUUAGAAGUAGAUGAAUCUUGCACCCCUUAUAAAGAUACAAAGUGCAAGUGUAAGGCCAACCACUACUGCAGCAGUGAAACCUGCAAAAUCUGCCAACCAUGUGACAAAUGUGACGCUACCGGUGUGAAAGAGCCUUGCACAGCCACCAGCAAUGCAGUUUGUAACGAGUCAAAAAGUUUAGGAGGUGGAGAAAUUGCUGGCAUUAUAAUUGCAGUUUUGGUCCUUCUUGUUCUUGUGGCGGGAGCAGUGUACAUAAAGAGACAGACAAUAAUGAAGCGACUAAGACCAAAUUCAGACUCAUCAACCCCCUCUAACCACGUGGAUGUCCCACUCCUUAAAGUGAACAUGGAGCCUCACCUACAAGAUUUUGCAGAAAUACUGGGAUGGAAGGACAUGAAGCUAGUAGCACGGAAGUGUGAUAUGGGGACUGCAAUUGAAAAUUUAGAGGAAAGCCACCCCAAAGAUAUUGAGGAUAGGACCAUAGAACUACUAAAGAAAUGGAUUGAGAGGACCGGCAGUAAUGCCUCAGUGGAGCUGAUAAAGGUGCUUCGUAGGAAUGGCAAAAAUAACAAAGCAGAUAAGAUUCAACAGAAAUUGAAAGAAAUUAACAGUUCUUCACAAAGUAAUUCUGCCUAACUGGGUCUAAAUCUUUUUAAAUGUGUGUCUCAUUGAUGGAAUAUAAUGUCUUGAUUUUGCACACUCUGAACCAUCUACAUGAUGAACAACUAUUCUUUCAAAGACAUUUGAGUUUGGAGUGUGCCUUUUUUUUUUAUCUUUAUAUGAACUUUAAAAAAACACCAAAGAGUUUUUGAAAAGUG